AGGCUCGAGCGGGCGUGUUCGAAAACCGACUCUGGCGCGGUGCGCGCUCCGCGGCAAGCCCAGGCGUCCGACGGCGUGCUCCUCCUCAGUCCGCGGACCCCAGCGGGCCGCUUUUCGCCCCGGACCCACGUCCGAGCGGCCCAGGCCCAAGAGUGUGGCCCCCACGAGCCCGAGAUGUAGUCGCGACGAGCUGGAGCACCGUCGCGCCUCGGUGCGGCGGCCGCUCGGUGCGCGGGGGGGCCGCGGGCUGGGCCGCGCAGCGGCAGAUCAGCACCGGGGGGGCGGCGGAAGAGCAGAGGGCGGUCUCGGAGAGGGGGCUCCGCGGGCAUGCGAGGCGCGCAGGAGGAGUGGAUGCAGCGUCCCUGCCCCGCGCUCCUGUGCCUGCUGCUGCCGCUGUCGCCCGUGUGUGCCGACCCGCCCGCGGCGGACGGCGCGGAGUGCCUCGCCUGGCGCGGCGACGGCGGCUGCGAGGGCAUCCGCGACGAGGCGCGGUGCCUGGGGAGCCGCGACGGGCGCCCGUGGCGGCGCUGGGGCGGCCUGGCGCUGGCAGGCCAGCCCUGCGCCUGGUGCGGCGGCGGCAGCUGCACGGCCCAGGCCGGCGGCGCCCUCUGCAUGCCGCACGCCUGGGUGAGGGAGCGCGUCGGCAUCACCGUGGCCAACUGCAGCGGCCACGGUACUAGCGCGCCCCACUCCGCAGAGGGCGAAUAUGCCGCAGUUGCUGCAGCGGCGUCCGUUGUGGCUGGCGGUGCGCAGUUCGAGGUCGCCGCCGACGGCACCCGGUGCGGUGCCAAUGCCAGCGAGGACUCCGACCUUUUCAACAAGUUCUACUGGACCUUCACGGCGGCCUCCGUCGCUCGCUGCGAGAGCUUGUGUGCGUCGAGGCGUUAUUGCACUGGCUACGAGUACGAGGCGUCCCGCGGAGACUGUCAGCUGUGGUGGCGCUCCAUCGACGCGGUGGAGCAGGCGCCCGCUGGCCGCGCGUGUGCCAGGAGACGUCCAGCGGGGCCUGCGCCGGCGCAGGAGCGGAAAGACUUGCGCAAGGACGAUCCCGAGUCCGCCCUGGCUGGCGCCACUGCGCCACUCGCGGGCCGAACUGCAGACACCUCCGCCGACGGCGGCGAUGGCCCCGCCCACGUGCUGGACGCCGCCGCCGCGGCGCUGCGGCGCGGCGGCCCGUCGCGCCUGGCGUGGCUGCUGAUGCUGAGCCUCCUCACCCUGGGCAUGGCUGCUACCGCCUGCUUCUUAGCGCUCACCCCCCCGGAGCCAGCGACCCGCGGCUGCGCCUUUUCCGACGAGGGCUCCGACGGGGAGCAGGGCGCCGCCGGGCCGCUGCUGCAGGCCGACGGCCCCGAGGAGCACGGCGUGCAGCGCCGCGGGGCGGAGGGCGCCGGCUUCAAGCUGCUGCCGCCGCCAAUGUUGCUCAGGCGCCUCCAUGACGCCUCCUGGCUGUACAAGCCCCUCGCGAGCACCGAGCCGAUGGACUUCCUGGGCUCAGUGUCUCCUGCAGGGCUGGCGCCCGCGGCCUCGUGGUGGCAGACGCCAGCCGCGGGCGCCGCCGCCGCGGGCCCGCCCUGCGUGUCCUCGGAGCUGGCGGCGGUCGCGCGGGCGGCGGCAGCCCGCGGGCCGCCGGCCGCGCCAGGCAGGGCGGCGCCGGCCGCAGGCGUGGGCGGGCCGCCGCGCCUCGUUCUGAGGGGGCGCCCCCUCAAGGCCGGGCGUCCGCUUCGGGGUGCGCCAGCCAAGCGCUGCGGCGUGCGGCGCCGUGCGGCGCCGUGCGUCGGUCCGCACCGCCCUGUAUUUUGUCUGUCCGUUCGCGCCUCGUGCGGCAGAAGUCUGCACUGGCGUUGAUCUCGGGGCCCGCGACUCGAGCAAAGCAGUCUGCCUGACGUCUGCGGCGGGCACCGCGCGCGCCAUGCUGCGCGCGCGCACGCGCCGAAUCGAAGGCCUCCUCACCAGGAGGAGGUCCCCGGCUGCCAAGCGCGCGGCCGGGCUGUCUGUGUAGUGGUCGGAGGGGCCUGAGAUGGCUUCCAGAUGGCGCAAGACGCAGGCCCGCCCCCUCUGCCUCGACACCCUGCGCGCGCCGCCGACCUGUGCUGCGAGCUGCCGGGGCCACGUAGAGACCUUGCGACGGACCGGAGCCUGGUUUGGUCGCCGUGGCUGGCCUGGAGUGGG